AUGUCUAUUAAACGGGCCUUGUCCAAGGCUCUCCGAGGGCAUACCGGAGAGAACGAUGACUCCUCCAGCUCCAACGUGGGAUCAACACAACCCCCCAACAAGCCUCGAAUCUCACUUUCCCGUGAGCCGGGUUCUCCCUCCCAUUCCCACUCCCCGCGCCGAAGCAUCCUGGGUAACUUUUUCCGUGACCGGGACUACGUUUCCUCCUCCGAAGACUUUUCAGAUGAUUCCUCCUCCGGUCAUCUCAGUAAGAACCAGCAAAAACGAUUGGUACGCGAACAACGUCGCAAUGAGCGAAGUCGACUCAGCGAAGAGGCCUUCACCGAGAAUGACCACCACCGGAAAGAAGAGGAAAUUGCCAAAGCGAUCGCUGAGGAGACCGUUGAAAUGAAGAUGCGAUACGGAGACCUCCCAUUGAUGCAGUCGCAAGAUCGACUCCGGGAGAAUCGCAUUUCGCUGGAAGAUAUUACCCCCGCCAUGGUCGAUGAAGAUGUUUACUUCACGGCUCGUUUGCACGUGGUGCGUCGCAUGAGUGCCAAGCUGGUCUUCUUGGUCUUUCGCCAACAGUUGGCUACCUUCCAAGGUGUCCUACAUGAAAAGGCUGGAAUCUCUUCCAUUGCCAUGAUUCAAUGGGCAGAGCACUUGCGCGUCGGCUCAUUCGUUCGGGUUCGUGGCAAGAUCCAGAAGCCCGAGGUGCCCGUGCUUGGCUGUAGCAUCCAUGAUGUUGAGCUUUCAAUCGAGUCCGUGCAUCUCCUCGUCAACCGCCAGGAGCCUGUACCUUUCAGUGUUUAUGAGGCAGAGAUCCGCACCAACGAGGAAGAAAAGGCCGAGGGCCGUCGUAACCACAUUCCCGACCGGACUCGUCUGAGCAACCGUCUGCUUGAUCUACGCACAGCAACUUCUCAAGGCAUCUUCCGCCUCCAAUCAGCCACUUGCAAUCUGUUCCGAAGCGCUCUCGAUGAGAGAGGAUUCAUUGAGAUCCACACUCCUAAAUUGCAAGGUGCUGCUACAGAAUCUGGAGCCAGUGUCUUCCAGGUCAAUUACUUCGGUCGUCCCGCAUUUUUGGCCCAGUCUCCUCAGCUGGCAAAGCAAAUGGCCAUUGCAGCUGACUUCGGCCGCGUCUACGAAAUCGGCCCCGUCUUCCGUGCCGAGAACUCCAACACCCAUCGCCACUUGACCGAGUACACCGGUCUUGAUAUUGAAAUGGCGAUCGAGGAACACUACCAUGAAAUGCUUGAGACAAUUGAUGCAACUAUCAAAAACAUUUUACAGGGGGUGUAUGCCAAGUAUCGCCGAGAGAUUGACCUUGUAAAGCACCAGUUCCCCUCUGAAGAUGUUAAGUGGCUAGAGCAAACCCCCAUCAUUCGCUUUGCGGAUGGUAUCAAAAUGCUGAAUGACUCCGGCUGGCGUGAUGAGGAGGGCAAAGAACUGCCCUACGAUGAAGACCUGGCGACCCGUGAUGAAAUUCAUUUGGGACAGCUUAUCAAAGAGAAAUAUGAUACCGACUACUACAUCCUAGACAAGUUCCCUCGUGGCGCUCGUCCCUUCUAUACCAUGCCAGAUCCCGAAGAUGAUCGAUACACCAACUCCUUUGAUAUGUUUGUGCGUGGACAAGAGAUUGUAUCUGGUGGCCAACGUAUUCAUGAUCCUCAAAUGCUUGAAGAGAAUAUGCGCGGUGUUGGCAUCAACCCCGAGGAGAUGGAGGAGUACAUGGAGGCAUUCCGCUGGGGUGCCCCGCCUCAUGCUGGAGCUGGGGUUGGUCUCGAGCGUCUGCUGAUGCUCCUCCUGCAGGUGGGCAACAUUCGUCUGACCUCGAUGUUCCACCGCGACCCUAAGAGUCUACCUGCCAAACCUCCAGUCCAACAGCUUCGUCAUCCCGACGCUUCAACUAUCGAACCAGUCUGGGUGCGAGAGCACCACCGAGGUGUGGCCAAGAGCGCCGAUGAACUUCCACCUUUGGAACAAAUUGUUGCUAACUACGGUGAUGCAACAUCCACUUCAUGGUUCGAUGAGCGAUACAAGAUCUGGCGUGAUAUGAGUACCGGUGCCGCUGUUGCCUAUGUCCCUAGUACCAGCAACUAUGUUAUCAUUCCCGGUAACCCCGCGUGUGAUUCCAGUCAAUACAAUCGCACCAUCACACAGUUCCUUCAAUGGUUGCGCCGCGACACUAAGUUCAAACCGAUUUGGAUCCUCUGCUCCCCAGAGGUCGAGACUAUCCUUGGCGAGCGACUGGGAUGGCGCAGUCUUUCCUGCAUUGCCGAAGAACGCGUGGAUCCAUCUCGCAACCAGGCCGCAUCUGACGGAGAGAUUGCCCGCAAAUUGCGACGUGCAGAGACUGAGGGCAUCAAGGUGGUCGGUUUCAACCAAGGCGAGCUGCCAGACGAAGAAUCACGCGGUAAGAUUGACGCGCGCAUCAAAGAAUGGCUCUCAAACCGCAAGGGCACACAAGUCCAUCUCUCAGAGAUUCACCCUUGGACAGAUUCUGAGCACCGCUGGUACUUUUAUGCUCUGGACAGAGCGGGCAACGUCUGCGCCUUCGUGGCUCUGGCUAUGCUCUCUCCCUCCCACGGCAUGCAAGUCAAGUACAGCUUGGAUUUCCCCGGUGCUCCUAACGGUGUGAUCGAGUACAUUGUCACCCACGCCAUCCAGACUGCUGGCAAGGCUGGUGUUAAGGGUCUUACCUUCGGCGCUGGAGCAACCACACGACUCACUCCCGGCCACAACUUGCAUGGAACCAAGAUCAAGAUGCUUGAGCACACAUACGAGACUCUUGCCAAGCAGUUCCAUCUUGUACGAAAGAGUGAGUUCCGGGCUAAGCUCGGUGCCAUCGAGGACCCUCUUUACAUUGCUUACCCAGCCCAUGGUCUUGGCUCCAAGGGUGUCCGCGCUAUCCUAAAUUUCUUUGAAGAUUAA